AAAUUCUGAAAGCAGCUGUGAUGAAAUAUGGCAAAAACCAGUGGUCUCGUAUUGCUUCUUUAUUGCACAGAAAAUCAGCAAAGCAGUGCAAAGCCAGAUGGUACGAAUGGCUAGACCCGAGCAUCAAAAAGACGGAGUGGUCACGGGAGGAGGAGGAGAAACUGUUGCACCUGGCCAAGCUAAUGCCAACCCAGUGGAGAACCAUUGCCCCAAUUAUUGGGAGAACUGCUGCACAGUGUUUGGAACACUAUGAAUUUCUGCUGGACAAAGCUGCUCAGAGAGACAAUGAGGAAGAAACUGCUGAUGAUCCUCGGAAACUUAAACCUGGAGAAAUUGAUCCAAAUCCAGAAACCAAACCAGCCAGGCCAGAUCCUAUUGACAUGGAUGAAGAUGAACUUGAAAUGCUGUCUGAAGCUAGAGCUCGUCUGGCUAAUACACAGGGAAAGAAGGCCAAAAGAAAAGCAAGAGAGAAGCAGCUGGAAGAAGCUAGACGGCUUGCUGCUCUCCAGAAAAGACGAGAACUUCGGGCUGCUGGAAUUGAGAUCCAGAAGAAAAGAAAAAAGAAGAGAGGUGUGGAUUAUAAUGCAGAAAUUCCAUUUGAAAAGAAGCCUGCCCCUGGUUUUUACGAUACAUCGGAGGAAAACUACCAGUCCCUGGAUGCAGAUUUCAGGAAGCUACGUCAGCAAGACUUAGAUGGAGAAUUAAGAUCUGAAAGGGAGGGAAGAGAGCGCAAAAAAGACAAACAACAUAUGAAACGGAAAAAAGAGUCAGACUUGCCUUCAGCUAUUCUACAGACCAGCGGAGUGUCAGAAUUUACCAAAAAAAGAAGUAAACUAGUGCUUCCAGCUCCUCAGAUAUCUGAUACAGAACUUGAAGAAGUUGUAAAAGUAGGCCAGGCAAGUGAGAUUGCACGCCAGACUGCUGAGGAAUCUGGAAUUACAAACUCAGCUUCCAGCACUCUUCUGUCGGAAUAUAAUGUGACCAACAACAGCAUAGCACUAAGGACUCCCAAAACUCCGGCAGCACAAGACAGGAUCCUGCAGGAAGCACAGAAUUUGAUGGCUCUCACAAAUGUGGAUACCCCCCUGAAAGGAGGUCUUAACACUCCCUUGCAUGAAAGUGACUUUUCGGGGGUAACACCACAGAAACAGGUUGUUCAGACUCCAAAUACUGUGCUUUCCACACCCUUCAGAACACCUUCUCAUGGACCAGAAGGCUUAACUCCUCGUGGAGGACUAACUCCUAAACCUGUGGUUGGUACAACUCCUGGUAGAACUCCACUGCGUGAUAAAUUGAACAUCAACCCAGAAGAGGGAAUGGCAGAUUACAGUGACCCAUCUUACGCAAAACAAAUGGAGAGAGAGUCUCGUGAACACCUGCGCCUUGGGCUCAUGGCCCUUCCUGCUCCAAAGAACGACUUUGAGAUUGUUUUACCUGAAAAUGCAGAAAAAGAACUUGAGGAACAUGAAGUAGAUGAAGCCUUUGUAGAAGAUACUGCUGAUAUAGAUGCCCGCAAGCAGGCUCUCCGAGAUGCAGAGCGUGCAAAGGAACUGAAGAGAAUGCACAAAGCUGUUCAGAAGAAUCUACCACGGCCCUCAGAAGUUAAUGAAACAAUACUGAGACCCUUAAAUGUGGAACCACCUCUAACAGACUUGCAGAAAAGUGAAGAGCUAAUAAAGAAAGAGAUGAUUACUAUGCUUCAUUUUGAUCUUUUACACCACCCAUUUGGAGAACAGCCUAGUGGUAAGAAGGGGAAAGGCCCAGGAUUUGGAAGCAACAAUGCAGAACAUAUGGCUUACUUGGAACAAAAUCCUUAUGAGAAGUUCUCCAAAGAGGAUCUCAAGAAGGCACAGGAUCUACUGGCACAAGAGAUGGAAGUGGUAAAGCAAGGAAUGGGGCAUGGAGAGCUCUCAAGUGAAGCUUAUAACCAGGUGUGGGAAGAAUGUUACAGCCAAGUGUUAUACCUGCCUGGACAGAGCCGCUACACAAGAGCUAAUUUGGCCAGCAAAAAAGACAGGAUAGAGUCACUUGAAAAGAGGCUUGAGAUAAACAGAGGUCACAUGACAACUGAAGCAAAGAGGGCUGCCAAGAUGGAGAAGAAGCUGAAGAUCUUGCUUGGUGGUUAUCAGUCUCGAGCAAUGGGCCUCAUCAAACAAUUGAAUGAUUUGUGGGACCAAAUCGAACAGGCACAUCUGGAGCUACGUACUUUUGAGGAACUGAAGAAACAUGAAGAUGCUGCAAUCCCUCGGAGACUGGAGUGUCUGAAGGAAGAUGUGCAGCGACAGCAGGAGAGAGAAAAGGAGCUCCAGCAGAGAUUUGCUGACUUCAUGUUGGAUAAAGAGACUUUUCAAGCAAAGUAUUAAAGCACAAAAUUCCAUUUGUCACUGAUGUAACAUUUUUAAAGUGUACAGAUACUUCUCCAGCAGCUUUUGCCAUCAGUUGCAGAAAUCAAGUGUAGCCUGCUGUUUGCAUCUUGUCAAGUUUUGUUUCUUUAAUGGACUAUUCCAAAUGCUCUAGGUAUGAAUGGCUUUGGCCAGUAUUAAAAAUUGGAUUGAAAUGUCCAAAGUUUUAUUAAAAGGAAAAAAAAA